UGUGUCAGGGGACGAGUAACCAGCUGACGUUGUUGGGGACUCGUGAGAGUCACUAUAACAAAAUGGUGACGAUGUACUCGAACUGCUCCGUGGUCCUGGAGAACCUGGAGGUCACCUUCACCCUGGAGCACCAGGACCUGUCCUUCCUCCAGUCCAUCCAGGAAGUGGGCGGCUACGUUCUGAUCGCCAUCAACGAGGCCGCCACCGUCCCGCUGCUGAACCUGAGGCUGAUCCGAGGACAGAACCUCUACCAAAACCAGUUCGCUCUGCUGGUGAUGUCCAACUACAACAGGAACCACUCGUCUGCGAGCCUCAACUACACCAGCGGGCUGAGACAGCUGCAGCUCAGCAGCCUGAGGGAGAUCCUGAAGGGAGGGGUAAAGAUGACCAACAAUCCCUUGCUGUGUAACAUUGAGACCAUCCAGUGGUGGGACAUCCUGGACAAAGCCAGCAAUCCCAGCGUGCUUUUCAAGACGGACACGUUCCCACGUACAUGUGAGAGGUGUGAUCCCGGGUGUGUGAACGGCUCGUGUUGGGCAGCAGGACCGGAGCACUGCCAGAAAUGUAAACUCUUUAUCCUCUGUUCAUUCACUCUUUCUCUUC